AUGUCGAACUUUUAUGAUCAAUUAAGCCCAUUUUAUCAUGUAAUCUUUGAAGAUUGGAAUAAAUCCAUUGAACGACAAGGUUCACAAUUGAAUAGUAUUAUUCAAUCAAACUGGUCGCAACAUCGAAAAGUCUUGGAUGUAUCCUGUGGAAUAGGUACACAAGCUAUUGGUUUAUCAAAAAAUGGAUAUCAUGUUACUGCUUCUGAUCUGUCAGUAAAUGAAAUUGAAAGAGCAAAACAUGAAACUCAACAACAUGGUCAAACAAAUAUAUCAUUUUCUGUUUGUGAUAUGAGAACAGCUUUUAUACAUCAUGGUGGUAAUUUUGAUAUAGUUAUUUCAUGUGAUAAUUCAAUUCCUCAUCUUCUUACCGAUGAUGAUAUUUUAGUUGCACUUAAACAAAUGUAUUCUUGUUUACGAUCAGGUGGUGGAUGUUUAAUUACGAUUCGAGAUUAUGAUCAAGAACAACGCGGUGGAAAAAAUAUUGUUAAACCUUAUGGUAAAGCAAAAAUAGAAAAUAAUAAACGAUAUAUUGCUUUACAAGUAUGGGAUUUUGAUGAAACAGAUACUCAAUAUUAUGAUUUUACUUUAUAUGUUAUUGAAGAAGAUCUUCAUUCAAAAGAAACUAUUACACAUACAAUGCGUUCACGUUAUUAUGCUAUUAGUUCAGAAAAAUUAAUUAAAUUAAUGUAUGAAGCUGGAUUUGAAAAUGUUACUCGAUUGAAUGAAGGUUUUUAUCAACCAGUCUUUAUCGGUACUCGACCAUUUGUUUAA